AUGGAUAAAUAUCAAAAAAUCGAAAAACUUGGUGAAGGCACAUACGGGAUUGUCUACAAGGCACAAAACCGUGAAACGAACGAAGUGGUGGCCUUGAAACGUAUACGUUUAGAUAAUGAAGAAGAAGGUGUCCCUUGCACAGCCAUUCGAGAAAUUUCUCUAUUAAAAGAACUGAAGCAUCCAAAUAUUGUCAGAUUAUAUGACGUUUUGCAUACAGAGAAAAAGUUGACGCUCGUUUUCGAAUAUCUCGAUUCUGAUUUGAAAAAAUUUCUUGAUUCAUAUGGUGGUGAUAUAGAUGUGAUUACUUUGAAGCAAUUGAUGUACCAGUUAUUGAAAGGCAUAGCAUUUUGUCAUGCUAAUAGAGUUUUACACAGAGAUUUGAAACCUCAGAAUCUUCUUAUCAAUAAGAAAGGUGAACUGAAAUUGGGUGAUUUUGGUCUUGCUAGAGCCUACGGUAUUCCUGUACGAAGUUAUUCACAUGAAGUAGUCACUUUGUGGUAUCGUGCACCUGAUGUUCUUAUGGGCUCUCGUCAAUACUCACAAUCUAUUGAUCUAUGGUCAGCGGGAUGUAUAUUUGCAGAGAUGGCCUCUGGAAGGCCACUUUUCCCCGGCAGCUCCAUCGCCGAUCAAUUACAGAGAAUUUUUAAAGUAUUAGGCACACCAACAGAAGAUAAUUGGCCAAAGGUGACUCAGUUACCAGAGUAUAAACGCGAUUUCGAAAUAUAUCCUAGUAUACAGUUAGAAAGUCUACUUACAAAACUUGAUCAAAAUGGCAUCGAUUUAUUGAAGCGUCUGCUCGAAUACCCGCCUGAAAAACGUAUCACUGCAAGCGACGCCUUACAACAUCCUUAUUUCGAUGAUUUACGGAAAAAAGAAACACCCAUAACAAAUGAUAGUAGCAAUGUUACCAAGGAAAACAGUAAAUAA